CAGCAUGCGCCCCUCUGAAACCAUGUGAAACGUUGCUACUACCUCAAAAUAGCUUCAUUCUAAUUAUUUAGAGCUCAGAUAGGAUGUGGGAAAAAAAAUUUUCAUAGUGAUGACAAGAUCAUGUUCAGUUAAGGUGUUAGAAAGCUAACACUGUGUCAGUGAUUACGGACUGGAAAGCUCGGCAGUACUCCAGCUAACUAGAAGGAUUGAUGGUGUCGUAAUGGACUUCCAGACACCGGCAGUUGAGCAGCUGAGACGGCUGGCGAAGGACCUCACCUCAUUCCUCUCCCAGUACAAACACAUCUCCGACUCCUACAUAAUUGAGUUUUUUAGUGAAGGAUUAUGGGAUACUCUGCCCCUUAGUUGGCAGGAGGCCCUCCAUAACCUGUCAGCACCCCAGAUAGCUGACCUCUUGCUGGACAAGACUCACACAGAUAGGAACUACCCCUCUGUCUGGCCUCUUUCCCUCCUGGCAUUCCGGACCUCAGCACACACUCUGGCUUUUCCCAGAAUUCCCCAGGGCAUAGCACCACAGGAAGUAGGUGCGCAGUGGCCAGUGGAAUUCCUGAAGAACAAGAGCCAGAGCUCGAUGCUGGGACAUAUCUUUCGCAAGCAUGUCAAGCCUAAGAAGCAGCACGAGAUUAGACGCUUGAGCAUGCUGGUGAAGAGGCUCUGUGACAUGACUGGGUGUAACAAUGUGGUGGAUGUGGGGUCGGGACAGGGCCAUUUGACACGUUUCCUGUCAUUUGGGCUUGGCCUGUCAGUCACUGGAAUUGAGGCUGAUUCUGCCCUUGUUGCCAUGGCUUCCAAGUUUGAUGGACAACUACUGAGCACACUGCAAAAGGAGAGCAAAAGGAAGAAUGAGACAACUGAACUUUUCACUGCCACUGGCCCUUCACCCCACCAUGUGGUUGGUUGGGUAAACCCCAAGGCAUCAUGGGAGGACUUCAUCCAGCAGCUGAAGAAGGGAGGAUCUGAGCACAAGGGGAUUACAUUUACAGUUCGGCCCAUUAAAAAGCGACAGUGGGAAUCAAUGUCUAAUCCAGAUCAGCACUUUGAUGAUGUGAGCCAACCUCUGUCCCCAGCAGGGUCCCGCUGCCUCAGUUGUGCCAAAAUUGGCCAUGUUACAUCCUCACAGACAGAAGAUGAGGGUGUCUGGACUAACCCCAACCCUGAACCAACUAACUCUGAUCCUGCACCGUUUCAGGACCCUCUGCAAAUCACACCAGAAUUAUCCCUCCACAAAGCACCCUGUGCAGAACAUCAGCGCAAGCUUGAGCCCUGCUCCAGCAAGAUUUCACCCACACAACAGGAUUUACACUGUCUGGGAACAGCAGGGUUCGAAGAGGAAUGUGGGGAUCCGAGAUUCAUCUUGACAGGCCUUCACGCAUGCGGAGACCUGAGUGCCACACUUCUGCGUCACUUUGCCAGCUGCCCCUAUGUUCAGGGUAUAACCUCUGUGGCCUGCUGCUACAUGAAAAUCACCACCCACGAAAACCCCACUCCGCCUGGUGUCCUGCCCCCGCCCUGUCCUGCCCACACGGGAAACCCGUCCCACUCAGACUUUGGUUACCCAAUGAGCUCAUGGGUAGCGGGGUUGCCAGGACACCAGCUGUCUUAUAAAGCACGGGAGGGGGCGUGUCAUGCCAUAGAGGACUAUCUCCUGAGGCUGAGGGAGGAGAGUGGCCUGCUCAAGACGCACUGCUACAGAGCAGCCUUGGAGACUGUUAUUCGCGGGGUGCGGCCAGAUCUUCGCAGGGCAGGCAUCCAGACCAUCAAGAAAGCUCAUCUUUUGCCCUUCCACGAGUAUGUCCGCCUGGGAUUACCACGAGUAGGGUUGCCUGCCGACCUCCCACUGGAUCAUGCCAAGCUGGAUGCCAUGUUGAGUCAGCAGGGGCAGGUGGUAGUGUACUUCAGCCUGGCGCUGCUGCUGGCUCCUGUGGUGGAGACCCUGGUACUGCUGGACAGAAUGCUCUUCUUGCAGGAGAGAGUCACAGGCCUACAGAGUGAGCUGGUUCCUCUCUUUGAUCCUGCCUUCUCUCCUCGGAACCUGGUGCUGGUGGCACUGAAGCCUCGACAGGACAGUACAAGCGCCACACUGUAACCAACAGCCUUGUGGACUCAUCUGUCUUUGACAGUUCAAGAAGGAAUAAUUCAAGACAAGGGAAUGAGUUGUAAUGUGUAUGAAUUUUCCUCAACCCUUUUUUAUUUA